CGGGGUUGACCUUUGAACCUCAUCCACCUCAGAGAGCAGAGGUCGCUCAUCCUACCGAGCAGCUCAAACCGCACGAGGAGCGAAAUAAAGUAAUCACGAGAGAGACAGAACGCGAGUGCACGCGCACUGGGGUCCGUGUGGGGGGGAGAAUUUCAUCAAAACUUAAUGGCUCAAACACCACGGACGUGGUGAUUUUUUAUUUAUUUAUUUUUUACCGGGCUGAUUUAAAUGCUCUCACGGCGGCUGCUGUAGUGGCUUUUUAUUCCCGGGUCAAACUGCACUCCGGAAAAACAAACAAAAAAAAUAGAAGAAAAAGUGGAGAUGUUUGACGUGAAGUGGCUCGUCGCGUGCGCCCUGGCUCUGAGCGCGCUCACCCACGGCGCUGAGGUGGCCGGGCGGAAUGGCCAGGAAUUCCUGGAGGAUAUUUUACACUUUUACGGCGAGAAUGAAUCAAUUGCGACGGCGAAGCUCGAAGACAUGCUGCUGCUGGUCUCAGCCAGAAGGUCUGAGGCAAUAAGUGAAGGGAAUCCGCUGGAAAGCAAAGAGUGUCCCUCAGCGGAGCAGAUUCUGUCCCACUUUGGCUUCAGUAACGUCACUGAGCUGACCGUGGGACACCUGGGGCGGAUCUGUCCCGCCGUGUUGACCCAGGUGCUGCUGCCCUCCUGCCCCUAUGUCAACCCGAUAACGGUGCCCUCCGUCGACUACUCUGUGUGGGGUUAUGGAUUUCUGGCUGUUACCAUCAUCAACCUGGCCUCCCUUCUUGGUCUGCUGCUGAUCCCCUUCACCAAGAAGCCUUAUUUCCCUCAAGUGUUGACUUACUUUAUAGGCCUCGCCAUCGGGACUCUCUUUUCCAAUGCUGUGCUUCAGCUCAUACCUGAGGCUCUGGGUUUUGACCCUAAAGCAGAUAACUACGUGGCAAAGGCAGUUGGCAUAUUUGGAGGAUUUUACCUUUUAUUUUUUGUGGAAAAAAUUCUGAAAAUGUUUCUCGGGGUUGGACUUGAGCACGGCCACAGCCACUUCACUCCCGUAGACCCGCCUCAGGAGAACAACGUCCAGAACGGAGACGCUCGGGUGAAAAGCAACUCUAUGGUUUUGACCAACAUCGCCACCGUUUCUACGGAUAAGAGCAGUCCGGCUGUCGAGCCCCAACAGGACGCCCAGGCGUCGGAAGUGAUGUGUCACUGGCUGCGCGGGAAGCGCAUCGCCAGCAUCAAGACGGUGGCCUGGAUGAUAUCUCUGAGCGACGCCGUGCACAACUUCAUCGACGGUCUGGUCAUCGGCGCGUCGUUCACCGUGUCCGUUCUGACAGGGUUCAGCACGUCCACCGCCAUCGUUUGUGAGGAGUUUCCCCAUGAGCUGGGCGACUUUGUUAUCCUGCUGAAUUCUGGAAUGAGCGUCCCGCAGGCCGUUUUCUUCAACCUGCUCUCGGCAAUGUCCUGUUAUGUCGGCCUCGUGUUCGGCAUCCUGCUUGGAAACAGCUUUGCCCCGAAUCCCAUCUUUGCCAUCGCGGGGGGAAUGUUCCUGUAUAUUGCACUAGCAGACAUGUUUCCAGAAAUGGACAGCAUAGCAAAGGAACAACAAAAAACUUCAAGCAAGAUCGUCUUCUUUCUGAUCCAGAAUGCCGGGCUGCUCACCGGCUUCGCCAUCAUCCUGCUGAUCACCAUGUUUGCAGGGGACAUAAACCUGGGAUAGGAGAGGAAACAAAACUCCUCACGCUGUGCCUUUUUUUUUGUUUGUUUUUGCUCACACAGGUUGGACUGAGUGUGAAUGUAAAAUGAAUGUCUGUACAAACUAAACCAAGUGUUGAAUGAGCUGUGAUACCUUUUUUUGGGGUGGGGGUGGGGACUAUCAAUCUAGUGAAAUGUUUUCUCCAUAAGAAGGGAACUUUUAUACAAUCAACAUUAAAAAAAAUAAAAAUCAAGAGCAUUUAUCUUACAGAAACAAAUUAUUUUUAGUCUUCAAAUGUGAAAUGACUUCCAUUUACCUAAUGUGUUGUAUACAAUUGAAUAUAAACUGGUGAUUUUUAGCUCCGCUUCAUCCGUUUUUUUUAAACUCUGUUCUGAAACAAGCUCUGCACCACUGUU